UUUCCCUCCGUGUCCCCAACGGCCGAGCCCAACCAACGCCCCGCAGCCCCGGGAGGCGACCGGUCCCCUCAGGGGCCGGGUGGCAAAAUGGCUUCGUGUCAGGAGCCUGACUGAAGCGUGAUUCAAGCCCGGGAUCGACCCAGCUGGUCCCCGGACGCCUCGUGCGGCCCGGCUGGCGCGCUUCAUUCGCCGGGGGCGGGAGCCCCCCGGUGCCCGUCCCGGGGUGGAAGCAGAUGGAAUGGGAAAAGGGUUGGGAAGGAAGGAAAUUAGAGAGAAGGACGUAAAAGAUGGAGGAAACCAAGAGCAGAAAAAUAGCAGCAGACCAGAGGAGAGCAUAUUUUCUCACAGUUCUGUGGUGUUCUUGGUCACACAUUUAUGGAGUUUCUGAAGGGCAGUGGAGACUACUGCCAGGCACAGCACGACCUCUAUGCAGACAAGUGAACUGUAGAAAUUCAUUACUACUCCACCAAGAAGCCCCCCUAAGAGCGAUUAACCAGGAUAAGAAGUGUUGAAUUGAAAUUGGCAGAGCAUUUGACAAAGGAGUUCAGACCUGGAUGGGGUAAACCUCAGCGCACUGCCUUUUUGCCUCAGUAUUACUGGAUUGAAGAAUUGCUGCUUCUUGUUAGGAGGUUCAUUUCAUUUCCCAUUGCUCCCAAUUUCAUAAUUGCCAGCACUGAAAAUUUUCAAGUGGAGUAUAUUGAACUAGACUUCAGUUUCACUACAUCAUUUCUGUAUUAGAAUUUUUUUAACCCUUUCACACUCUUAUUGCAUGUUUUUUAACUAAAUUAAUAUGGCACGAAUGAACCGCCCAGCUCCUGUGGAAAUCACCUACAAGAACAUGAGAUUUCUUAUCACACACAAUCCAACCAAUGCAACCUUAAACAAAUUUAUAGAGGAACUUAAGAAGUACGGCGUUACCACAGUAGUAAGAGUAUGUGAAGCCACGUAUGACACCGCACCAGUGGAAAAAGAAGGCAUUCAGGUUUUGGAUUGGCCCUUCGAUGAUGGUGCUCCACCAUCCAACCAGAUUGUUGAUGAUUGGCUAAAUCUCCUGAAAGUUAAAUUCCGUGAAGAACCUGGUUGUUGUAUUGCUGUACACUGUGUUGCUGGUCUUGGGAGAGCUCCAGUGUUAGUUGCCCUUGCACUGAUUGAAUGUGGAAUGAAGUAUGAAGAUGCAGUGCAGUUUAUAAGGCAGAAGCGACGUGGAGCCUUUAAUAGCAAGCAACUUCUGUAUUUGGAGAAAUAUCGUCCCAAAAUGCGCCUGCGUUUUAAAGACUCCAAUGGUCACCGAAACAACUGUUGUAUUCAGUAAAGCCAGGCUGCCUUGGAGCUGCUGCUUUGGAGCUAGAGGAUGGAAACUAGAAUUAGGCAAACUACUUGCAGAAAGACAUGUAGGGCUAAUAAAUAGGCUAAAUGAAGCUUCCUUAGGAGUCUUUAUAGGUUAAAAGUAUGGCAGAAAUGCAACUUGUCUGUGUAGGUUAAUAUCCACCUGUUUGGAGAACUAGUAAAUGUUUUGCUGUAUGCUGUCUUUGAAAUGUCUCCUUGGUCAUAAUUUGUAUCAACUGAAUUAUCUUUGGAUCAUGUAGUUGUCUUAUUAAUCUAUUUCCCAAGAAUAAAAUCUGUCUCAAUAUGAAGUGUAGAGAGUUUAGGUGCCAAAAAAAAACCCAGCACAAUAUCUAUAUUUUUUCUGUAAAUUACAGUGUGGUUCUUGUGAUGCAUGAACUACAACUAUCUGGACCUUACUUUGUCCUUUUUCCUACAAUCAUUUCAAUAUUGAGGAUAGGGCCUAUAUGGUAAUCUGCCUGCUCUUACUGUAUGUUUGUCUCCCACAAUCGAACUAGAAUAUCAGGAUUUACACAAUCUUUGAUUUUUACUAAGACUUACAGUGACUUUUUUGAUGUCCUUCGGUAACCCUUUCCUUCCAUUAUCUAGACCUCUGCAUUUUACAAAUACAUCAAUUCUCUGGUUACUCGUGUAGAAAAUAAUUCUUUACAUUGUACAGAAGCACACAGUCUUUAAUGUCUCCUGACAAAAAGCCUUACAUUUAAAUUAAUCUUGGCCCUUCAUGUGCAACUUAACAGAGGGCCUGAAAAGGAUGGGAGGGGCUAUUUAAUAUUUCUAGUAAAAUGUUGCCUUUGUCUUGUGCAGGAAGUAUAGAAUAUGCCCUUUACUUUAGUAAAUAUUUUUUUAAAAUGUAGAAAUGCUUAGUUAUUGUAGCAAAAACAAUUCUUAAUCAUAAAAUUUCUGAAGAUCUUGUAAUUUCUUUUACUGUACCUCUUGAAAGUUGUUUACCAACUAUUGCUUUGUUGAAAGUGUGAUUUAUUUUUUUGUUUUUUUCCCCCUUGAGUUUCUGCUAUCAACUGGGCAGACCUGUAAUACUUUGUAUUUUGCCUUUUGAGCUGCGUAACUUAAUAUUUGGAUACUUGAUAAUUUGUUUUAUUAUGUAAUUGAUAAAAUGGUGGUGUGUACUAAUGUUAGUUCAACCAUAUAUUUAUACUGUCUUGGGAAUGUGUGGUUAUAGUUCUGUGGGAGAAAUAAUUUUGCCAGUGUUCACCAGCUUGUAAAGUCUAGUGCGAGAGCUUAAACAUCUAAAUAAAUACUGAAAUGCA